AAAAUCACAUUUUAACAAGAUAAAUUGUUGAAAUUGGCGAGGUUUAUGACUUUGUGGCUGUGGUAACUAGUGAUGUUAUAACUGAUAUAAAGUUGCCGGGAUGUCAAGUGUCCUACUCGAUUUGGCAAAGGUAAUAUCUGGAUGAACUAUAUAAUUUUAGCUAAAUGUAGCAAUGAAUAAAUUGGCAAAAUGUAUUUAAAGGGACAAUUCUGUGAACUGUUUUGUGCAUGUUUUUAAAAUGACACAACCUGUUAUCAAAGGUGUCAGCUAGAUGAUGUGCAGGAGCUUGCAGGGAUUUGUAGUUUUGCAUGAUGUCUACUUUAAUGCUAGUUAGCAUUUUCGAAUGCGAGUAAAUAGAGACAAAUAUAUUGAUAAAAGACACCUUGUCGGAGAGAGAUUUACAUGGUUAUCAAAGCGUCACGCCAGGGUAAGCCUACACGAAACACAGCACUUAUUUGAAGUGUUUCUAAAUUCCUCAAUGGGGAAAACGAAUGGAACCAUUUUGCUGUUUGACCGCUAGGUUUUAUGGGUAUUAUGGUACCUGUUGGGCUUUAUGAACCCCCAUACAAAAACUGACUUGACUGAGACCCAGAGCCCUCGCCAUGGUGGGGAGAGUGUGGCAGAGGUUCUGCGUGCCCAUGGGGUUAAGUUUGUCUUCACCCUGGUGGGGGGGCACAUCUCGCCCAUCUUGGUGGCCUGCGAGAAGCUGGGCAUCCGCAUCGUGGACACCAGGCACGAGGCCACUGCCGUCUUUGCAGCUGACGCAGUAGCCAGGCUCUCCGGCACUGUAGGUGUAGCUGCAGUGACUGCUGGCCCAGGCCUGACUAACACAGUCACAGCAGUGAAGAACGCUCAGAUGGCCGAGUCUCCACUGCUUCUCUUGGGGGGAGCUGCUGCAACAUUACUUCAGGGUAGAGGAGCCCUGCAGGACAUUGACCAGAUGUCCCUGUUCAAGCCGCUGUGUAAGUUCUGCGCCUCAGUGAGGAGUGUGAAGGACAUCGCCAUCACUGUGAGGAAGGCCCUGGCCAUCGCCCAGUCUGGAACUCCAGGCCCUGUGUUCAUAGAGUUCCCCAUCGACACACUCUACCCCUUCCACCUGGUGUCCAAAGAGUUCGGAGUGAAAAACCCUCCCAAGGGAAUAAUGGGAAAAGUUGUCACUUGGUACCUCCACAAUCAUCUAAAGAACUUGUUUGCUGGGGCCUGGGAAACCAGAGAUGUGUCCCCUCUCCCUGUACACAUCCCUCAGGCCACAGACAAUCAGGUACAAAAGUGUAUAGAGCUGGUGAGCAGAGCCAAGAAGCCUGUUAUCCUACUGGGGAGCCAGGCAACACUACCUCCAACACCUACAGAUGACAUCAGGGCGGCCCUGGAGUCCCUAGGUAUCCCCUGCUUCCUGGGUGGAAUGUCCCGUGGCAUGCUGGGUAGGAACAGUCCCUUGCACAUCAGACAGAACAGGAGUGAUGCCCUGAAGGAAGCAGACCUUGUGCUGCUAGCAGGAACUGUAUGUGACUUCCGAUUAAGCUACGGCAGAGUGCUAAACAGACGCAGCAGGAUCAUUGCUGUCAACAGAGACAAGACUCAACUUCUGAAGAACUCUGACAUGUUUUGGAAGCCCACUGUGGCCAUUCAGGGAGAUGCAGGCUCCUUCCUACUCCGCCUCUCCAAAGGCCUCAAGGGCCACACAUGUCCAGAAGAUUGGCCACAGUGUCUCAAAGCAGGAGAUGUCACCAAAGAGAAGGCUAAUCGGAGGAAGGCUGAUGAGAAGACGGACCGCCACCUGAACCCCCUGAGUGUCCUGCACCGCGUGGAUGAGUUGAUGGCUGACGACAGCAUCAUAGUGGCGGAUGGGGGCGACUUUGUGGGCAGUGCUGCUUACAUCAUGAGACCAAGGGGCCCACUCCGCUGGCUGGAUCCAGGAGCAUUUGGAACCCUUGGUGUUGGAGGAGGGUUUGCUCUGGGAGCCAAGCUGUGUCGACCUGAGUCAGAGGUGUGGAUCAUCUAUGGCGAUGGAUCCCUGGGAUACAGUGUUGCAGAAUUUGACACCUUUACCAGACACAAGACGCCAGUAAUUGCCCUGGUGGGGAACGAUGCCUGUUGGAGCCAGAUCGCCAGGGAGCAGGUUCCCAUCCUGGGCAGCAAUGUGGCCUGUGGCCUGGCCUUCACAGAUUACCACAUAGUUGCCGACGGUUAUGGAGGCAAAGGCACCCUCAUUGGUCGCGAAGACGAGGACAAGCUGGACGGCAUCAUAAAAGAGGCCCAGAAGGAGACCAGACAGGGAAGAGCCACACUUCUCAAUGUUCUCAUAGGGAAGACCAACUUCAGAGAUGGCUCCAUCUCUGUGUAGAGUAGCUCACAGACUGCAACCCCUGGGGUCCCUGUCUGGACCUGCGGGUCCUAAAACCUUCCCACCUUGCCUAGAAACACAUAUGUUCACAUGCUGUGGAACAGUACAAAUGCUUUAUUUUUUUCUGGUGAAAGGAAAACAAUUCAGGAACUCAAUCUUCUCAACCUUUAUCAGCCUUUCAAACAGCUGUGAAGAGGAGUUUUGAUCAUGGACUUUUUGGUUAUUUUUGCUGGAGAGAAACAAACUUGACAUGUAGGCUUUGCUGCUGUUAUUAUGUAGUAGGCCAGUACCCUUGCUGUAUACACUUAACUAAUACCUGUGUAUUGACUUCAGAUUGCCUAUUGAUCUACUGAACUCUACUUCGAAACUGGCUAUUUAUUUUGAAAAACCAAAUAAAGUGAAUUUUGGAAUGGCACGUCCUUAAUAGAGAUAUUUAUGGAAAUGAAUCAUACACUAACCUACAAGUCUCUGCAGAAUCUGUAGGGUUAAUAACAAGAUAAUAAUACAAUUGUAAUCAUUUAAUUUAAAUGGUAUAUAAUUGAUGAUUGUAUGGCUUUGAUUAUUGAACGUGCUGUAAGACUCCACUAAUACAUCAAUCAACAGAAUGGAUACACAAAUACAAGACGCCCUAUGAAAGAGGAAGGAAUUUAAACGAAGAUGUUACCAUAUUUUACCAUUUGGGUAUUGAUCAUUAUCUUAAAUAAAUGAUCAAAUCUGACUUAUUACACUGCUCAUUCUAUUUCAGGUUGACUUAUUUUAAGGAAUUCUGCAUUAUCCUGAUUGUGCAAAUUGAAGUCCACCUUAAAUUUGAGUGUUUUGAGAAUAUUGGAAUAUUUUUCUGUUUUGCUUUGAAUGUACUAUUCAUAAUGUUUGUCGUUUGUAAGGAGAGGGAUUGGUAGAUACCUGACCUGAAUAUGGGUCUGAGAAUCUCUUGCACUAGCAUAUGGUAUUUGAUUAUAUAAAAUGUCAUCUUCUACAUAAACACAGUGAUACUAGUAUGCCUCCUUUGUUUUUCAAUGUUGACACAAUGCAUUUAGUCAUCAGUUCUGGAAUCCAAACACUGGGAUUAUAGGAACAGUUAUUUUUGUCGUUGCAAUAGAGAAUAAUGUAAAUGUGUUUUUUUCCCCUCUCUAUUGAGUGGUGCGUUUGUGACACCAACUACACUGGUUGUCUAAUUCUCAGAUCCUGACCAUUGAAUGACUACACUAUCCACUCCACUGCCCUCCUUAUCCUCUAUCAUUUACCUUGAACUUUUAUCAACUCAGAUGUCAAGAUUGUGUUGGCUGUAGGCAGAGCUACUGUACAUACAGAUCUCUAUAUGUCUCUGGCUAUAUAGUCACAAACUUGCUCGUCUUACGUUACCAUACUACCAAGUCUUGUUAAAUGUUCUACUGUAUUAAUGUUCUAUGACUGUUUUGGAUAAUAUGAUAUUAUGGUUUGCUUUUAGAUUAGAUGUUCAAAGUCUACAAGUGUUCCAAUCAGUGUAUUACAUAAUACAAUUUGGAUCAUCACA